AUGCUCUUCCUAACAUUGAUUUUAUACACCGCUCAUCGUCAAUGCACUCCAUACAAGUACCUGAAUCGAAAAUGGAAUCUUGCAGAUGGUCGUAUUUUAAUUGUUUAUAACUGGAGGGAGUAUUGUCAUCAUAGGUUCGGAACUGCAGCAUACAUCUCUGAUGGGACAAAAGAAUAUACUUUUGAUAAAACAUCAGGUACAAUUAAACUUGCUGACGGAAGAACUGCUUAUGUUGGUCAAGAUGAUUAUUUAAGAGUCAUGAGCGACAAAGUUGAAAAGAUUGAAACUAUUAAGCUAUUUAGUUACAAUGAUACAUGGUGA